UUAGUCUUCUUCAGUCCUUCAUCGAGAACGGUCGCAGCAGGCUAGGAAGCGCCUGUAUCGCCUCAUCAGACUAGUUCGUCAGUCACGUGCGUGCCCGGCUACGUAGAAACUUGUCCGUGUCGCAAAGAAAAUCGCGCGCAGAAAACAAGUGAAAGUGAAUCUGCUGUGAAUUAUAAUUGCGAAACUUAUUCCCCAACCGUCGUUGUUUGCGUGUAAUUCAGUGUUAAUUUAUGAUGUUAAUUAAGAUCGCGCCAGUUUCGUAGGGUGGUCAAAGUCGGUGAUAACGUUCGUCGGUGUCGUUUAUUGGAGAGCAAGUCAAGUGCGAAUAAAGGAAGGUGGAAUAUCUCGUUAAACUUAUCCCAAUACGAACAUAAAGUGCUCGGAAAAUCGACCCACCGGAAGAGAAGGGUAUCUGAAUCAGUCGGGGUACCGGGUAUCAAACUGAGAUUUUUACCGCACGGCCCGUGGUGUUUUUUUGUGCCUCCGAUUUUUAACAGCUCGGGGAAUUCGCGCGCAAAUUUAUAGAAGCCGUGCUUUCCACCCGUGGAGCAAGUAAAAGGAAACCAUCAAUUAUUAACCUCAAUCCAUCCCGGUUAAAAAGGUUGAGCAAAGCGUGUGUCGUGUUUCUGCACCACCGCAGUCACCAGUCAGUAGUGUCAAGAUGCUUCGCUUCGGAUUAUUGAAGUACAAGAAAUUGAGCAGUGGCGGUAGCCACUGCGGGGGCGACGGUAGUGUAGUGUCCUGCGAGGGGACCACUUUGGGUCCUUGGGACGAUAAUGGCAAUCAGCAGCAGCACCAACAACAGCAGCAGACGUCGACACCUGUGCACCGGUACCAUCAGCAUCCCCAACAGAUUCACAAUCAGCUGAAUGGCAACGCGAUGAAAAAUAACAACAGGUUCAGCACGGACUCGCCAACCAACAAAUCAUCCUCCCAACAGCAUCAAACCAGCAACCCUCGUUCUAUUUUGGUGCUGGCCACAUCAUCGCCCAGCCAUAAUUACAAACCGCUGAACCCGAGCAAAAGCUCCACCCCUGCCAAGAAGCGCACAUCGACGGCCACCACUGCCCUCAACUGCAAGGCUCGCAUCUACAAGUGUAUAAAACGGAUCCUCAAAAGGAACAACUUUCCCAAGGAGCAGCAGAAAGUUCACCCACUGCACCAGCAGCAACAGCAGGUGCCAGAUAAAUCAAAAGUAGUCGACUAUCGGGAGAUUAAAAGUUUGCUGGAGAAGGAAAAGCCUUCGCUGGACUACGAUGUGAACUUGGCCAAAUGUGUGGACAAACCCGCGCUGAUCAAGAAAAUCGCCCUGAAUUUAUUGAAAUCAGCGGAAGACGAUGAUCGUUGCCUGGUGAUUGCCCCCGAACGCCAAUCGGAGACCACUUCCAUCCAGAGCGAUCUCACCCAGGAAGCCGAAUACCAGCGACUGUGCGCCGAAUCCUGGUUCCACGAAAACCUGCCCCGCGCAUUGUCCCUUGAACUGCUCGUCAACCAAGCUCCCGGAAGUUUCAUCGUUCGCCGGAGCACAACCAAACAAGACUGCUACGCCCUGUCGCUGCGGGUGCCGCCACCGGGACCAAAGAUCGCCCACUACCUCAUCGUACGGACGGCUAGCGACGCCUACCAAAUCAAGGGAUUCCACAAGGAAUUCAGCUCACUGCAGGCGCUCAUCGUGCACCACUCGGUAAUGCCGGAAGCGCUCCCCGUCCCGCUGGCCGUCCCACGUCCCACCAAUCUGGCUGUGAAAACCAAAUGCGAGGACGAUUACGACACGGUUUAUGAUCUCUCCUGUCCGGAAACGACGCUAGCAUGAAUACACGCCCGCGUGUGCUCAAAACAGCGUCAUCCAUUCUCACAAGCCUAGUAAUUGACGUUGAAGAACUUUUACCAAAAAACCUUACUGUUACCUUUAUUGUGUAAGCUAUUAUUAACUAUACAUAGAGCAAUAUAAAUUAUUUUAUCAGAAA